AUGCUCAGAUUUCACGAUAAAGGGUUGUUCAAUAAAUGGAUGAGUGCUAUAAUUCUUUCCAAAUAUGAAUAUGAAAAGUUGAAUGAAGCGUUUACUGCUGUUAUUUUGUCCUCCAAGGGAUCAAGAUUACUGGAUAUCCGUGUUUUGUUGGGUAACAAAAAGAGAUUCCCACAGUAUGAAUGGUGUAAUAUUAGAUUACCAGAGGUUUCUACCAAAUGGAUCAAAGUUUACAUGGUUGUUUUACCUAGUGACAAGGGUCAUAUUGGAAGAAUUGAGAUUUACCCUUCAGAUAAAAAAGUUCUGAAGAAAUACCUCAUUGCUUAUAUUUCUGACUUGGCUGCUAUUUUCAAUGUGUAUCCUGAACAAUCAAACAUGAUUGAUGUCAACUCCAUUAUGCGUGCUGCUGGUGAAAUCCAUAUUAGUAAGAAUUAUGAACAUUUAUUCCCUCAUAGUAUGGAUAAUGAAUUGCAUCAUCACCAAUUGCUUAAUCCAAGAAAAUUGAUUGCUAAAAAUCAUGGUAUUUCACGUUCUGGUUCUAAUCAUUCCCUUUCUUCGCUUACUAAAGAUACACCAGGAACACCAGUUAAUCGUUCACGUUCAGGUUCAACAAAUUCUACAAGUUCAUUUUUCAAUCAACCAUCAUCUCCACCAUCCAGUAAUGGUCUUGCCAGAAAUGGUUCAUUGAAUGGAUCUCCUGUUAAUCCAAAUCACAAUCAAAAGGGUCACAAGAGAAUUAACUCCAGUUUCUUCAAGAGACAUGCUGAUGACUUUGUUUUGACCAACUCCAUGUACAUCAUGCCAAUCUCUCAUCCGGGGGUCACUGCAGUUGAAACUAUGAUUCGUAAUUAUAUCCCGAUUAUUGAUGCAUUUAAGUUGUAUGGUCGUCCAAAACGUUUGAUUAGUGAUAAAACCAACAUGCACUCCAUGUUAUUUGGUUUACCAUCAUUACCACAUUACCAAUAUUUGUCUAGUAAAGAUGCCGAAAGAGCAUUUGCUGAGAAUUUCUCCAUGGAUUUGAAUUGGUUUGAAUGGCCAGAGAUUAUGUCAAAGGAAAUCAAUGAUUUGCAAAUGAAUUGUAGUAAGACAUAUGGUGGUCAUGGUGAUAUUGGUAAAUUGUAUGAAAAUUUGGAUUUGGAUUUUAAUGAAAUUAGCUCUCCAGUUCUUAAUUUCACUAGUUUUGAGGAUGAUGUUCCAAGUUUGAAUGAUCCAAUUGACUUUGGUGGAGCAAUUGGGAAUUCACCUCCAAGAGUAACAUCUCCUUUAAGUCUUGUUGAUGAUAAUCCAACUUAUGGUGCAACCAGAAAUCUCAUGGUUUGA